AUUAUUAAUUGAUAACAGUAGAAAGCUGUUAUCAUUGGGAAAAUCAGGCCAAUGACCAUUCCAUUCUAAAUCUAAUAGGUAUUCUUUUGACAACUUGACGUCUUGACGUUUCAACUUUUAACACAAAAUAUUCUAUGGUUUUUUUUUCAUAGUUCUAUCUCGCAAAUCGUAAUAUUCGUUGUUAGGGAUCAAGAUGUAAUGUCGAUUGUUGUUAAAUAUUUCAUGUUGUUUAUUUAUUGUUGUACAUUAUAAAUUUCAUUUCCACUCGCCAAAUACGAGUAAAUUAUUGUCUGAAUUCUACGAGCAAUGCAAACUAAAAUGGAAAAGACCGAAGACAAGACAAGACAAGACUCUUUUAAUAACAAUUACACUACUUACGAGUACCAGGGAAACGACGGUACCAGGGAGAAGAAACACCACGGAAACACUAAUGGUUACCAGAACAAAUCAUCGCAAUAUGACGAAGUUGUGAUUCAAUUGUUCAAUAAGCAAUUUUCGUUGAUAAAUCAAAGCAAGUGGAAACUUCCUAAUCCGGACACCAUGCUGAGUCACUGUAAAUGGGAGCUACCAGAUUUUAUACAUUUAAAAAAAUCACUUAACGCAGUCAAGGAUAAACUUAAUGAUUUUAACUUAGCUGAAUGGCAUAAAAAUACAAAACAAACAAAUCCAGCUGGUAAAGUUCUAUCUAAAGUUAGAGGAAUUGGACAUCCAGAAUUAUUGACCGGUGCUUGGUUGAAGUUUUUUGAACUGUUAAAUGACUAUAAACUAAUACCUCAAAAAAGCAUUGACAAUGGUAAGUUGAACAGUGUUCAUUUAUGUGAAGCUCCUGGAGGUUUUAUUUCUGCUCUCAACCAUUAUAUUGUUAGCCAAGAAAUAAACAUUAAAUGGGAUUGGGUAGGAGUUUCAUUAAAUCCAUAUCACGAAGGAAACGGUAAUCCUGAUUUAAUAAAUGAUGAUAGAUUCAUGUUAUAUACAUUAAACCAUUGGUUUUUUGGUAAGGAUCAAACUGGCGAUAUUUUUCAAAAAAACUUCUAUAAAGAAUUAUAUACCUUUGUUAAAAACCGUUUUGGCGAAGAAGCAAAUUUGGUAACAGCUGAUGGUAGUAUGGACUGUCAAAAUAAUCCUGAUGAACAAGAAAAUGUUGUGAUGCGCCUGCAAAUAGUUGAGACUAUGGUCGCCUUAAUGAUACUUCAAGAAGGUGGUUCAUUUGUUCUAAAAAUGUUUACUAUGUUUGAAUGUAAUACGUUAUGUAGAAUAUAUUUGUUAUGCUGUGCUUUUGAUUCGGUCCAAAUAAAAAAACCAGUUACUAGUAAGCAGGGAAAUUCUGAAGUUUAUGUUGUAUGUUGUGGAUAUAAGGGAUUACAACAUGCAGAACCUUGGAUUCAUACGUAUUUUUCGACUAUUGAUCGCAGUGUCUCUGAUCACUGUCUGUUCCCAUUGAAAGAAUUGCCUAAAGAUUUCUUAUCAUCUAUGUAUAACUGCUCAAAGUAUUUUAGUGAACUACAAUUGCAAGUUAUUGAAAAUAAUAUUGAACGAUUUGUUAAAAAAAAUGAAAAUGAUACUAAACAUUUAAUUGAUCUACAAUAUUCGGUCGCUAAAACAUAUGCUUAUAGAUACAAAAUAAAACCAAUUGACCCAUCACAAGUAAUAGUUGGACAAAAUAUACUUCAGAGUUUUCAGUAUGAUUUACCCAAAGUUUCAUCUAUGAAGUUAGUCAUGGAUUAUUCAUUUUCUGAGAAACAGCGUAGGAUAGAAUGUCAGGCGUCAGAUGAAGCAAAGUUACUUCAAGACGAAGUGAAUAUGUUUAAAGAAUAUCAAUGGCAAUACGACUCAACAGUUUUGUGGUUUACCGAAGAGGAUGCCAAAAUUGAUUCAUCUGAUUUUAAUAUUCAAAUGGGUAAACCUGUAUCUGUGAUACGUAGUUCUAAGUUUUGUGUGGAUAGAUUAAUCGACUAUAGUAACCGAGCAAGAUCAUUAUUUACUAUUCCUAUUGAAGACAACAUUAAGCGUAGAGAUUACUUUUGGCUUCAAAUACCAAGACAGACUAUUAAUGGUCAAUUAAUUGUUUGCGAUGUAACAUCGAUUUAUAUCAGUGAUUGUAUCAAAAAUAAUAGAAAACAGCAUGAUUCUUUGAUAGCUAUCUUAGAAUCAUUAGAACAACUUCAAACUUCCGAUAGCUUAUUACUAAUUGGUUAUCCAUUGCUUACUCAAGUGAAUGUUGGUGUUUUCUUAAUACUUCUAAAUAUGUUCCUAAAGACUGGUGUAAUGAAACCUGAUAAAAUGGGUCAUGCUUUUGUGUUUUGUUCAAAAGUUAAUGACAAACAUGUAGAUGAUUUAAUGGCUCUUUUAAAAAAGUUAAAAGAGCAUAUUAAAGAUCCCAGUAUCAAGGAUAUAGUUGAAAAACAAGAACAAUCUUUGAUAUCAUUUUUUCCAAUUAAGAAACUUAUGUUUCAACCUAUUUAUAAAGACAUUGUUACUGUUAAUUGUUUGCUUAUAAUCAAUGAAGUCAAAAAAACUGUCUGUUCUUAUUUGCAACAAUAAUGAAUAAUUUGUUAUCGGAAGACAAUUAACUAAUUUUUUUUUCAUUUUUAAUAUAUAUUGUUUUGUUGAAGUGUUCUACACUCAGUAUUUGAACCAUUUAGUUAUAUAAAUAAUAUGUUGUGAUAAUUAUUUUGAUAAUUAUUACUACAUAAUAUAUUAAUACCAUGAUAAUGUAUCAUUUACAUUUUCACUAUUUACUUAUACCUAACUUAUUUUAUAAAUAUGCUAUAACAUAUGUUCAAGAAAUAAUUAAAAUACGAUUAUUUUACCUAUAAAUACAUUUUUUUAAAUCUUUUGUAAUGUACUAAUCAAAUUUAAAUGGCUUAUUGUGAUUAUAUUUAGAAAAGACUGAUGGUUGAGAUAUUUUAAGUCAUUAAUUAAUUAUAAUAUAAACCUAAUAUUAUAUACAUUAUAUUAUAUUUAUAUAAUUUAUAUAUAAUAAUUUAAUAUUAAAUGUAUUAUUAUAAGUAUAUUGUAUAAACAUAAUAUAUCUUAAUACAAUUCAAAAAUAUAAUUUCUUAACCAUAAAAGAAAUUAUGAGAAAAACCAAAGCGAAUUUAGUUGCAAUGCAUUCCAGACUGUUUUUAUAUUAUGAAAUUGU